GAUGAUGAAGAUGAUGAAGAUAUUGAUGAAUUAGAUGAAGGGAUUUCAAUUGAAGAUGAGACAAUCAUAGAUAGAAUUUAUGCAUUAAAGGAUAUCAUUUCACCUUCAAGUCGUACCACUAUUUGUGAAAGCUGGAACAAGUUAUCAAAUUCAACUAAAUCAACUACUAGAUUUUUGGGAAACGUUGCUUGGGUGAUCACUACUAGUAUGAUUCUUGUUGGUUUACCGAUGGCUUUGUCAAUCGAGGGUGAAAGUAUGUUAGUAGCUCAUGAGAAGGAGAUGGAACGUCAGGCUCAUGGUCAACAGGUUAGUGCACGA